UCUUAAACCCUUUCACCUUGAAUUUGUUGAAUUUUUGGACCGAUUCUUAGAGCUCUAGAAUCGUUUUGGGCAUGGCAAUCCAUUCUUCAGCUCAAUUUGAUGUUUUGGGCGCUGGAUUGAGCAAGAAUCGCAGGUCAACCUUCUUGAGUUACUGUUCAUCUGCGACUCUUGAAGGUUCAAUUCACCUCGGUCCAAGCUCAUUUGAAGGCCAAUUUUUGGGGGAUUAUGGGCGACUUGGGAUGCUCUUUCAACACCUGAAAUUGUUUUUCCAAACCAGUUGAAGGAAGCUGCGAAUUGAGCAAAAAUUUUGGACUCAGAGUCACUGUUCACAGCGAGUUCUUCAAGUCCAGGUUUACCCAUGCUUUUUGCUCGUUUUCCAUCCCAUUUUCUGGUAUUGUGUUUGUGAUUCAAGGGCCAUUCAACGUCUGGUGUUGGAAUCCCUAAUUCAAACAACUUGAUUUUGGUCUCUUUGAUUUGGUUGCUCGAGUUACUGUUCACGUUCUAGUGUACCUGUGCGGUUUUGCUACUGGUCUAGCCUUUAUUGCUUGGGCUGGUGUUUGCUUGGCUGUUUGAGGGUAAUACUAAUCAAAUGGGGACUGUAAUGGAGCUAUAAACUAACCGUGCAACAUGAAUUUGCUUUGUGACCAUGUUCUUCAUUUCUUUGCUGUAAUUGUAUUGUUAAGAGGAAUGGGACACAACCAGCUACGUGGAAUGGUUUUCUGUGGCUUGAACCAACUGGUCAGUGGUGUUUAGGCCCUGAUUUUCUGUUCUCCAGGGCUGGGCAGUGGCAUCACUGGGUUUGGCUAGACUACUUCGUUGAAGAUCUCUUUUCCCCAAUCUUUGCUUACAUGUAUCAACCAAAACCCUAGCUUUGGUAAGAUGAGUUAAUUUCUUAUUUUUGUCUGAUUUGGUUAUGGUUUAUCUUAAGCUUGAAAAUUUUGAAUGCUAUAAUUAUCAGUAUAGGUCUAUUAGUUAGUGUGGAAAAUCUUCAUUGAUGUGUUCGCU